AUGACAUCGUCAUCCGAUCAACAGCUGCACGACGUCCCACUGGUUCAGAAAUUCAAUGCGAAGGCAUUAGAAUUUAAUACUUCAUUGGAGCUAAAGUGGAAAAAUUUCAAAAAAGAAUAUGAAGAGUUAUAUACAUGCUUGGAAGAAUUUCCUAAACAGUUAUCUGUUCCAAUAUUGAUGCCACUUGGACCAAAAGUGUUUGUACGUGCACAAUUAUGUAAUACUAAUGAAGUGUUCAUUAGAUACAAUGAAAUUUUUACUAAACAGAGUGCUUAUGAAGCUAAAGCUGCCUGCGAAAGACAAAUUAAAAGGUGUGACAAUAUGAUUGAAGAUUUGAGAAAAGAAAAAGAAUUGUUCACAAAAAAUAUGUGUGUUCGACAAGAAGUUGUUGAUGUUUCAGAAAAAUUAGUAGAAAUAAAUGAACCAUAUGAUGAAGUAGAAGAGGCCGCCUGGAAUGAGAUACAUAGGCAGAAGGUAAAAGAAUAUAAGAAACGUUUAGCAGAAGAAAAACACAAACAGGAAUUAGAGCAACGUCAAAAAUAUUAA